GAAGCUUGUUCUGGAUGUUGAGUUAAUCAUGCUGAGGAUGAUGGGAAGGUGCCUGACACUCAUUUUUCUGUCUGCAGUUGUAAUACUCAUCACAGCUGACCAUGUGAAUGUGAGGUUGGUUGAUGGUCACAGUCGCUGUUCUGGUCGAGUGGAGGUUCUUCACAGAGGUCAGUGGGGAACAGUGUGUGAUGAUAGCUGGGAUAUGGUUGAUGCUGAAGUGGUGUGUAGAGAACUGGACUGUGGAGAACCUGUAGAUGUUCUGGGUCGUGCUCACUUUGGACCAGGAUCAGGACCGGUCUGGAUGGGUUUUGUCAUGUGUAAUGGAUCAGAGUCUACGCUGAAGGACUGCUCAUCAGCAGGAUGGGACCAAAGUUACUGUAAUCAUGUUAACGAUGCUGGAGUAAUUUGCUCAGGAGUCAGGCUGGUUGGAGGUUCUCGCUGCUCUGGGAGGUUAGAGAUACUUCAUGAUCAGACAUGGAUGUCAGUGUGUGAGUCUGUCUUUGACCAGCAGGAUGCAGAGGUUGUGUGUAGAGAGCUGGACUGUGGGGCUCCUGUACAGGUGCUGAGAGAAGCUGCUUUUGACAAAGGAGACACUCAGAUGUGGACACAAGAGAUUCAGUGUAGAGGAAAUGAGUCUCAGAUUCACUUCUGCCCAACAUCUCCAUCACAUAAAAAUAACUGUCCUCAUGACAGUCACGUUGGACUGAUAUGUACAGAAACAAGAACUGUGCGUUUAGUUAAUGGUAGCAGCCCCUGCAGUGGGACUGUGGAGGUUCUUCACAGAGGUCAGUGGGGAACAGUGUGUGAUCUUGGUUGGGAUAUGGCCGAUGCUGCAGUGGUGUGUAGAGAACUGGACUGUGGAGAACCUGUAGAUGCUCUGAGUGGUGCUCAGGUUCGACUCGGAUCGGGAGAAGUCUGGAGGAAAAAUAUAAUGUGUACUGGAUCUGAGUCUACACUGAGAAAAUGUGGAUCUGUUAUAUGGGGUCUUCAAGGUGUGUGUCAGAACAGUGCAGGAGUCAUCUGCUCAGGAGUCAGGCUGGUUGGAGGUUCUCGCUGCUCUGGGAGGUUAGAGAUACUUCAUGAUCUGUCGUGGAUGUCAGUGUGUGAGUCUGUCUUUGACCAGCAGGAUGCAGAGGUUGUGUGUAGAGAGCUGGACUGUGGGGCUCCUGUACAGGUGCUGAGAGAAGCUGCUUUUGACAAAGGAGACACUCAGAUGUGGACACGAGAGAUUCAGUGCAGAGGAAAUGAGUCUCAGAUUCACCUUUGUCCAACAUCUCUGCCACACAAAUACAACUGUUCACAUGAUAAUGACAUUGGAUUGGUAUGUGCAGACCGUGUGAAUGUGAGGUUGGUUGAUGGUCCCAGUCCCUGUUCUGGUCGAGUAGAGGUUCUUCACAGAGGUCAGUGGAGAACAGUGUGUGAAGCUGGUUGGGAUAUGUCUGAUGCUGCAGUGGUGUGUAGAGAACUGGACUGUGGAGAACCUGUAGAUGCUCUGGGUGAUGCUUAUUUCGGAUCAGGAUCAGGACCAAUCUGGACAAAUCGUAUUAUGUGUACUGGAUCAGAGACUACACUGAAGAACUGUGGAUCUGUUGAGUUGUAUAAUUAUGACUGUAAUCAUGAUACAGAUGCUGAAGUCAUCUGCUCAGGAGUCAGGCUGGUUGGAGGCUCUCGCUGCUCUGGGAGGUUAGAGAUACUUCAUGAUCAGUCGUGGAUGUCAGUGUGUGAGUCUGUCUUUGACCAGCAGGAUGCAGAGGUUGUGUGUAGAGAGCUGGACUGUGGGGCUCCUGUACAGGUGCUGAGAGAAGCUGCUUUUGACAAAGGAGACACUCAGAUGUGGACACGAGAGAUUCAGUGCAGAGGAAAUGAGUCUCAGAUUCACUUCUGUGCAACAUCUCCAUCACAUGAUAACAACUACUCUUCUGCAUACAGUGUUGAACUAGUGUGUGCAGACCAUAUGAAUGUGAGGUUGGUUGAUGGUCACAGUCGCUGUUCUGGUCGAGUAGAGGUUCUUCACAGAGGUCAGUGGGGAACAGUGUGUGAUGAUAGCUGGGAUAUGGUUGAUGCUGCAGUGGUGUGUAGAGAACUGGACUGUGGAGAACCUGUAGAUGCUCUGGGUGAUGCUCACUUUGGACCAGGAUCAGGACUAAUCUGGAUAAGUUAUGUUAUGUGCAUUGGAUCAGAAUCUACACUGAAACACUGUGGCUCAACAGGAUGGAGUAAAAGUGACUGUGAUCAUAACGAAGAUGCUGGAGUGAGAUGCUCAGAAGUCAGACUGGUUGGAGGUUCCCGCUGCUCUGGGAGGUUAGAAAUACUUCAUGAUCAGUCGUGGAUGUCAGUGUGUGAGUCUGUCUUUGACCAGCAGGAUGCAGAGGUUGUGUGUAGAGAGCUGGACUGUGGGGCUCCUGUACAGGUGCUGAGAGAAGCUGCUUUUGACAAAGGAGACACUCAGAUGUGGACACAAGAGAUUCAAUGCAGAGGAGAUGAAUCUGAGAUUCACCUUUGUCCAACAUCUCCAUCACAUGAUAACAACUGUUCAAAAUACAUCAAUGUUAGAAUGGAAUGUGCUGGUGCAAUGAAUGUGAGGUUGGUUGAUGGUCACAGUCGCUGUGCUGGUAGAGUGGAGGUUCUUCACAGAGGUCGGUGGGGAACAGUGUGUGAUGAAGACUGGGAUAUGGCUGAUGCUGCAGUGGUGUGUAGAGAACUGGACUGUGGAGAACCUGUAGAUGCUCUGGGUGAUGCUCAUUUUGGACAAGGAUCAGGAACAAUCUGGAUGAGUGCUUUAUGUUCUAGAAUGGAAUCUACAUUGAAGAGCUGUGCGUCAGCAGGAUGGGGUAUACACACAUGUACACAUAAUGGUGAUGCUGGGGUCAUCUGUGCAGAUCAUAAACAUUCCAGACUUAUUGAUGGACCUCACCUGUGCUCUGGGAGAAUAGAGAUGAUUCAUGGGAAUUCCUGGAGUACAAUGUGUGAGUCUGUCUUUGACCAGCAGGAUGCAGAGGUUGUGUGUAGAGAGCUGGACUGUGGGGCUCCUGUACAGGUGCUGAGAGAAGCUGCUUUUGGAAAAGGAGACACUCCGAUGUGGACAAAACAGAUUCAGUGUAGAGGAAAUGAAUCUUAUAUUUCUUUCUGUCCAAUAUCAUCUCUCAAACAUAACUGUGCCCACGAGAAUGCCAUUGGGCUGUUAUGUUCUGGUUACACUGAUCUCCGACUGGUAAAUGGACCAGACUUCUGUUCUGGUCGAGUUGAACAUCAGUAUUUCAGUAAAUGGGGCACGGUAUGUGAUGCAUGCUGGGAUAUGAGAGCUGCCAGUGUCCUCUGUAGACAGCUGAAUUGUGGGAUUGCUGUGUCUGUUGUGGGAUCAGACUGGUUUGGAGAGGGAAGUGGUGAAAUCUGGGAUGAUGUGUUUGAUUGUGACGGGAAUGAAACAAAACUCUCAGAAUGUUUAAUCUCUUCAUGGAGUCGAGCUGAACAUUCUCAUAGAAGAGAUGUUGGAGUUAUCUGCUCUGGUUCCUCUCUGGCUCUUCAUGGCGGUCUGGUGCGGUUGUCUGGAGAGAGACAGUGUGAGGGGGAGCUGGAGGUUUUCUUCCAUCAGGUCUGGAGGAGAGUUCUGCUGGACUCCUGGAGUCUCACUGAAUCCUCUGUGGUCUGCAGACAGCUGGGCUGUGGCUCUGCGCUCAACUUCUCCGGCUCCUCUUCAUCCAGUCCUGAACACAGUCAUGAGUGUGUGACGGGCUUCCAGUGCUCUGGGAGUGAAGCUCAUCUGGGGAACUGCAGCUCUCCACAAACUCUCAACUGCAGCUCCACACAACAGCUGUCCAUCACCUGCCUUGGUCGCGGGUCCAUCAGGCUGGUGGGUUCUGGGGGAGACUGUGCAGGGAGGCUGGAGGUUUUUCACGGCGGCUCAUGGGGGACAGUGUGUGAUGACUCCUGGGAUAUUAAAGAUGCCCAUGUGGUGUGCAGACAGCUGCAGUGUGGAGUGGCCCUCAGUAACCAGCAGGUACCAGCCUGGUUUGGUCCUGGUUCUGGACACAUAUGGCUGGAUGAGGUGGAGUGUGAGGGGAAUGAGACGUCCCUGUGGAGCUGCUCUUCUCCAGGCUGGGGACAACAUGACUGUAAUCACAAGGAGGAUGUAGGAGUCGUGUGCUCAGAGUUUAAAGAGAUCAGGUUAACUGAAGGCUGUGAAGGGAAUGUGGAGGUUUUCUACAAUGGAUCCUGGGGUAAUGUGUGCUGGAACCAGAUGGACAGAGACACAGCGAGUCUGAUCUGUCAAGAACUGAACUGUGGAAGAUCUGGCAGUGAACCCAGAUAUUCAGAGGGACUGAAGACUCAUGACUGGCUGGAUAAUUUUAAAUGUCGACGACAUGAUUCUAGUUUAUGGCAGUGUCCCUCUUCACCCUGGGGACAGAAUAACUGUGAUAAUGAAGUCGCCAGAAUCACCUGCUCAGAGAAGGAGAUUCAGGAGCCUCUUCGGAGUCGUCUGAGAUGUUCAGCAUCUCCUUACCAGAGAAAGUGUUCAAGUCAUGUUCCUCUCAGACUGAGUGGAGGUAAGGGCCGGUGCUCUGGGAGGCUGGAGGUGUAUCAUAACGCUGUGUGGGGCUCAGUCUGUGAUGAUCAGUGGGACAUCAGAGAUGCUCAGGUGGUCUGCAGACAGCUGGGUUGUGGAGCAGCACUGAGGGCUGAUGGGAAUUCAGUCUUUGGUGCUGGUGAAGGUGUUGUGUGGAUGAACAGAGUCGAGUGCAGAGGGAAUGAGAUUCACCUGUGGGACUGUCCUCUCUCCCUGAAAAACCACACUGACUGCUCCCACAAAGAGCACGCUGGACUCACCUGUGCAGAUGUUUCAGAUGUGUCAGUGUCCUCUACUCCUGACACAACAACAUCAGUUUCUCCUCCAGUUUCUCCUCCAGUGCGCUCAACAUCAGUCUCUCUUUCACAAACUCCUCCAGCAGAGUCUCUCUCCGUCUCCCCAGAGCUUGUGAUUGUUCUGGGAGUUGUGCUCUUACUGCUCUUAGUGCCACUGCUUAUACUGAUUCAGCAGAACAGAGUGAUGAGGAGAGCUCUCUCUGACUGGUACACAGGACUUCACAGGACUCAGUCACAGACUGAACCAGUAUAUGAGGAAAUUUAUAAUAAUCAGCUUACUCAUAGAGGUAGUCUUGUCUCUGAAGACACUGAUGAGCUUCUCUCAGAGAGGGUCAAUGAAGUCACACCAAGAUUGUAUGAAGACAUCUUCACCGGUGCACCGAUACGAGAUCGUGAGACAGAUGACACACCAGAGGGAUAUUAUGAUGUCAUUAUUACUGGACAGAGCUAUGAUACUGAAAAAGCGGACACACCAGAGAACUAUGAUGAUGUCGUCAUUAAUGAACAACGCUCUCAAUGUGUAACAGAAGGAGAUCAGGAGGAGUAUGAUGAUGUGUGGAGUAUCACUGAAGAUGUGACAAACCUGUUAGACUACGACGAUGUGAGGGAGGAGUCAGACAUUGAGGGAGGAGCCCAGGACUGGUUGGAGGUUCCCGCUGCUCUGGGAGGUAACAGCGAGUGUGAUUGGAGGGUGUUUCUCUCAUUAAGAGGAUGCCUGUACUUCUGUAUCAUCAGUGCGGAGAAGCUUGUUCUGGAUGUUGAGUUAAUCAUGCUGAGGAUGAUGGGAAGAUGCCUGACACUUAUUUUGCUGUAUUCACGUGUAAUACUUAUCACAGCAACUCAUGUGAAUGUGAGGUUGGUUGAUGGUCCCAGUCCCUGUUCUGGUCGAGUGGAGGUUCUUCACAGAGGUCAGUGGGGAACAGUGUGUGAUGAUUUCUGGGACCUUAAAGAUGCUUCAGUGGUGUGUAGAGAACUGGACUGUGGAGAACCUGUAGAUGUUCUCAGUGAUGCUCAUUUUGGACAAGGAUCAGGACCGGUCUGGAUGAGUUUUGUCAUGUGUAAUGGAUCAGAAUCUACACUCAAGAACUGUGGGUCAUUAGGUUGGGGUAAAAGCAGAUGUCAUCAUUUCAAAGAUGCUGGAGUCAUCUGCUCAGGAGUCAGACUGGUUGGAGGCUCUCGCUGCUCUGGGAGGUUAGAGAUACUUCAUGAUCAGUCGUGGAUGUCAGUGUGUGAGUCUGUCUUUGACCAGCAGGAUGCAGAGGUUGUGUGUAGAGAGCUGGACUGUGGGGCUCCUGUACAGGUGCUGAGAGAAGCUGCUUUUGACAAAGGAGACACUCAGAUGUGGACACGAGAGAUUCAGUGCAGAGGAUAUGAGUCUCAGAUUCACUUCUGUCCAAAAUCACUAUUAGUUAAAACCAGCUGUUCUUAUGAGCGCACCAUUGACUUAAUGUGUUCGGACAUAAUAAAUGUAAGACUAGUAAAUGGUCCCAGUCACUGCUCUGGCACAGUGGAGGUUCUUCACAGAGGUCAGUGGGGAACAGUGUGUGGUGCUGGUUGGGAUUUAGCUGAUGCUGCAGUGGUGUGUAGAGAACUGGACUGUGGAGAACCUGUAGAUGCUCUGUAUGUUGUUCACUUUGAACCAAGAUCAGGACUGGUCUCAAUGAAAAAUGCAGCGUGUACUGGAUCAGAGCCCACACUUAAGAAAUGUGCAUUCGUAAAAUCAACUUAUCCUGAUAUUUGUCUCGAUAAGAAUGCCCAUGUCAUUUGUUCAGAAGUCAGACUGGUUAGAGGUUUUCCCUCUUCUGGGAGGUUAGAGACACUUCAUGAUCAGACAUGGGAUUUACAAGAGAUUGAGUGUACAGGAAAUGAAUCUCAGAUUAAUCUCUGUCCAACAUCACCAUCACAUGAAAACAACUGUUCUCAUGAAAGUCGUGUUGGACUGGUGUGUGCAGAUGUUAUGAGAGUAAGGUUGGUUGAUGGUCCCAGUCGCUGUGCUGGUAGAGUGGAGGUUCUUCACAGAGGUCAGUGGGGAACAGUAUGUGAUAUUGGUUGGGAUAUGGCUGAUGCUGCAGUGGUGUGUAAAGAACUGGACUGUGGAGAACCUGUAGAUGCUCUGGGUGAUGCUCACUUUGGACCAGGAUCAGGACCAAUCUGGUCAAAUCGCUCAACAUGUACUGGAUCAGAGUCUACACUCAAGAACUGUGGCUCAGUAGAAUGGGGUAUUUAUAACUGUGAUCAUACUAGAGAUGCUGGAGUCAUCUGCACAGGUAAGCUGUUCAAAAACCUGCCCUGUAUUUACAUCACUAAUGAUCAUCCUGCUUUAAAGGGACAGUUCACCAAAAAUUACAAUUAUGUAAUUUACUCAUAUUCAUGCCUCAGACUUACUAAAAAACUGAGUUGCUCUGGGAGGUUAGAGAUACUUCAUGAUCAGUCGUGGAUGUCAGUGUGUGAGUCUGUCUUUGACCAGCAGGAUGCAGAGGUUGUGUGUAGAGAGCUGGACUGUGGGGCUCCUGUACAGGUGCUGAGAGAAGCUGCUUUUGACAAAGGAGACACUCAGAUGUGGACACGAGAGAUUCAGUGCAGAGGAAAUGAGUCUCAGAUUCACCUCUGUCCAACAUCUCCAUCACAUGAUAACAACUGUUCACAUGACAAUAACCAAGGGAUGCUGUGUGCUGAUAAAAAGAAUGUAAGGUUGGUUGAUGGUCACAGUCGCUGUGCUGGUAGAGUGGAGGUUCUUCACAGAGGUCAGUGGGGAACAGUGUGUGAUCUUGGUUGGGAUAUGUCUGAUGCUGCAGUGGUGUGUAGAGAACUGGACUGUGGAGAAUCUGUAGAUGCUCUGGGUGGUGCUCACUUUGGACCAGGAUCAGGACCAAUAUGGAUGAGUCUUGUUUUAUGUACUGGAUCAGAGUCUACACUAAAGAACUGUGGCUCAUCAGGAUGGAGUAAGCAUGACUGUACUCACAAUUCUGAUGCUGGAGUCAUCUGUUUGGGUGAUAAACCUUCCAGACUUGUUAAUGGAUCUCAUCGGUGUGCUGGGAGAUUAGAGAUAAUGGAGGAUCAGUCAUGGAUGUCAGUGUGUGAGUCUGUCUUUGACCAGCAGGAUGCAGAGGUUGUGUGUAGAGAGCUGGACUGUGGGGCUCCUGUACAGGUGCUGAGAGAAGCUGCUUUUGACAAAGGAGACACUCAGAUGUGGACACGAGAGAUUCAGUGCAGAGGAAAUGAGUCUCAGAUUUCAUUUUGCUCAAUAUCAUCAUCGCACAAACACAACUGCAGCAGUGAAAACAUUGUAGAACUGUUCUGUUCUGGUUACACAGAUCUCAGACUAGAAAACAGUUCAGAUUCUUGUUCUGGUCGAGUUGAGCAUCUGUACUUCAGUAAUUGGGGCACAGUGUGUGAUGCAUGCUGGGAUAUGAGAGCUGCCAGUGUCCUCUGUAGACAGCUGAAUUGUGGGAUUGCUGUGUCUGUUGUGGGAUCAGACUGGUUUGGAGAGGGAAGCGGUGAAAUCUGGGCUGAUGUGUUUGAUUGUGACGGGAAUGAAACAAAACUCUCAGAAUGUUUCAUCUCUUCAUGGAGUCGAGCUGAACGUUCUCAUAGAAGAGAUGUUGGAGUCAUCUGCUCUAAUUCCUCUCUGGCUCUUCAUGACGGUCUGGUGCGGUUGUCUGGAGAGAGACAGUGUGAGGGGGAGCUGGAGGUUUUCAUCCAUCAGGUCUGGAGGAGAGUUCUGCUGGACUCCUGGAGUCUCACUGAAUCCUCUGUGGUCUGCAGACAGCUGGGCUGUGGCUCUGCGCUCAACUUCUCCGGCUCCUCUUCAUCCAGUCCUGAACACAGUCAUGAGUGUGUGACGGGCUUCCAGUGCUCUGGGAGUGAAGCUCAUCUGGGGAACUGCAGCUCUCCACAAACUCUCAACUGCAGCUCCACACAACAGCUGUCCAUCACCUGCCUUGGUCGCGGGUCCAUCAGGCUGGUGGGUUCUGGGGGAGACUGUGCAGGGAGGCUGGAGGUUUUUCACGGCGGCUCAUGGGGGACAGUGUGUGAUGACUCCUGGGAUAUUAAAGAUGCCCAUGUGGUGUGCAGACAGCUGCAGUGUGGAGUGGCCCUCAGUAACCAGCAGGUACCAGCCUGGUUUGGUCCUGGUUCUGGACACAUAUGGCUGGAUGAGGUGGAGUGUGAGGGGAAUGAGACGUCCCUGUGGAGCUGCUCUUCUCCAGGCUGGGGACAACAUGACUGUAAUCACAAGGAGGAUGUAGGAGUCGUGUGCUCAGAGUUUAAAGGGAUCAGGUUAACUGAAGGCUGUGAAGGGAAUGUGGAGGUUUUCUACAAUGGAUCCUGGGGUAAUGUGUGCUGGAACCAGAUGGACAGAGACACAGCGAGUCUGAUCUGUCAAGAACUGAACUGUGGAAGAUCUGGCAGUGAACCCAGAUAUUCAGAGGGACUGAAGACUCAUGACUGGCUGGAUAAACUUAAAUGUCGACGACAUGAUUCUAGUUUAUGGCAGUGUCCUCUUCACCCUGGGGACAGAAUGACUGUGAUAAUGAAGUCGCUAGAAUCACCUGCUUAG